CAGCGUCGACAACCAACCACUCUGCCUCACGCAAACAACGCGACAAAACGAAAUCGGGACACGGCGCCGUGGUUUGCUGCGUGUACUUAGUUUAGCAGGCGGGUCUGACGGAAAGUAGGACAUGGGAACUCUUUCCCGAACAAAAUGUAAACAUAUUAACCGGACCGCCGUGGCUAAGCGUUAUGGAUGCGAAACAAAACAGUUAGCCAGCUAUCAUUAGCUGCUGUUUUUACAGUUAGCUAGAAAUAGAAAGAGCUAGCCGGCGCUGUGUACAUAUUUACAGCGUGUGUACACUCAAGUAGCUCGUUGGUCCGUUAACUUAGAUAGCUAACAUUAACAAGCUAGCUGUAGAUAGCUAACGUUAGCGGUACUUUCCUUUGGUGAUUGCCGGUGUCUAACGCUAAGUGCAGCGUUGACUGUUUUAUUUACAAGCCAAAUACUUAAACUUCAGUCACAGUUCUAGUGUCAGGUGAUUUAUCAGUUCGAGAUGGAAUACUUGCUGCAGGUGAAGGUGGGCGCGCUUGUGGGUUUGCUGGUGCUCACCCUGUUUAUCGGCUUCAUCCCUGCCCGAGUGCAAUGGUUCCGAGACACGAGUGGGACAGAAAUCCACAGAGUGGCACUGAGCUUCAUCAGCUGUUUCGCUGGAGGUGUCUUUCUGGCUGCCUGCUUUCUCGACAUCAUCCCAGACUACCUGUCUGACAUCGGGGCGGAGCUGGACACACGGGAAGUGGAUACCAGCUUCCCCCUGCCCGAGUUCAUCAUGGCCGCCGGCUUCUUCGGGGUGCUCAUCCUGGAGCGCAUCGUCCUGAACUGCACCGACCGGAGGGGCGAGGAGAGCGCCCCCCUCAUGCCCGCCGCGGGCCACGGGCACGGCCACAGCGUGUCGGGCGAGCUGGAGGGCAGCGCUCACCACAUCCACGUGGACUUGCAGGCUCACUCCUCCUUCCGCUCCUUCAUGCUCUUCCUCUCCCUCUCCCUCCACUCAGUGUUCGAGGGCCUGGCCAUCGGGCUCCAGACCACUCAGUCCAAGGUACUGGAGAUCUGCAUCGCCAUCCUGGUCCACAAAAGCAUCAUCGUCUUCAGCCUGUCUGUGAAGCUGGUGCAGAGUGCGGUGAAGCCCGCGUGGGUGGUGGCCUACGUGGUGGUCUUCGCGCUGAUGUCGCCGCUGGGCAUCGCCGUGGGGAUCGGCGUGAUGGAGGCGAAGCUGACGUCAGGGGCGCUGAUCCAGGCAGUGCUGGAGGGGCUGGCCGCUGGGACCUUCAUCUACAUCACCUUCCUGGAGAUCCUGCCACAUGAGCUCAACUCCCCCGAGAGGCAGCUGCUCAAGGUGCUCUUCAUCCUGCUGGGCUUCACUGUGAUGGCCGGGCUCACGUUCCUGGGCUGAGAAGCGCCCCCUAGGGGAGGGACAGUACACAGCAACUUUGACACAUUGGACUAAUGGGACGGGCAGACUUGUUCAUCCAUGCUUAGGUCCCCUUGCACUUCAGUGAGAUGCGUAGUCCAAACAUUUUAUCGGGUUAGUGAAAAUCGAGAUGGGUUGGAGUCAACCUCAUUUCCUAGGUGUUUAAAUUUAGAAUUUCUGUUUUUAACGAUGCACAACACAAAUGUAUAUUUUAUUACUUUUUUUUAAAGCAAAUUAAGUGCCCUUGUUAUUAAUUUGAGGUUGAAAGAUGAGUAAUGAUUCUUUUUUCAUAUCCAACAGCACAUGUUAUGUGAGGACUACUUAACAUUAACCUACCUUCUGACCACUAACUGACAGAUCUGUGAGCAGGUCAUGUAAAAUGUUUGCAUUUGUUUCUCAUAAUUCAUGUGGCGAUUAGUGUUCCUAAAAGGGGUCUUUUCUUAUGAUUCCUUAAAUUCCAGACAUUGCUUUUAAAUUACUGACAGGGCAAUGCCAGUCUAGUAUCAUUUCAAAUGAUUUCUAUCAUAUACCCAUAAAGUUAUUGAUAUGUUAAAAUGUUUUGGCACACACCUGCAUGUAAAAUGGGUUGAUUUUGAAUUCAACCAUUUUGCUUCUUUAUAUAGCUUUGUUCCAACAUCACUUCAUCCUUCAAAUCUAGGGUAAGGUACUCUGACUCUGGUAUGCAACACUCUUAUUAAUUACAGUUUAUUUUUGAACCCUUGUGAACAGUGACUGGGUGUGUACAGCGCGGUAGUGCCCAAGAGGGUGUAGAUCUGCUGUAUCCAACCAUGCAAGAAUGUGAAGUCAGUGAAAUAACUUAUGUCCUUCCUUUGCAGCAUUACAGUAAAUACACUAAAGAGGACAAGAAGGGCAAUAAGUGCAGAGUUUGCUGUUAAACUACAUAGAGAAGACUAUUGUUAGCAGUGGUGUUGAUCACAGAGUGACCUGGGCUGGUGGUGAAAUGAGAGUUAUAAUAAGUUUGUGGGCUGAAGACAAUAUUAAGCCUGCAGGAAGCAUAAAAACUGAGCUGCUUCCGUUUGGUUUAGUUUAAUUACAACACCUUAAAGCAAGCAGAGAGUGCAACAUAUGCACAUGUGUGCCAACACAAAGGCAUGGCAAGUUUGGUGAGUUAAACUGGUCUUUCAGCCAAAGGUUUGGACAGAGCCAAAGUCAUUUUGUGUGCCUGAAAAUGUGUAUGACAUUAAACUUUCUGGAUUAAAAUUCAUUAUUUGUGAGGAAGAAAUUUUCUGUGCAGUGCAGAAAAAAGAGUUAUGCAGUAUGCCCCUAUUUUUUCUUUUGCAGCAUAUUUUUUGUUCAUGUACCAUUGAUAUGAAUAAAUAUGCAGGGCACCCUAUGCUGCAGAUGGAGUGCUGGCUUGCAUACCUGAUGCCAUCACUGGGCUAUUAGUUCACUGUGCAUUCCUGAAAGUCAGUUGUUCACUCUGUCUGAAGCCUGAACAACUCGCUCUAUCCCUAGUGAUGUCAUUACAGCUGCAAGCCGUCUUAGCCUGCAGCGUACACUGUUUUUCUGGCACACAUGGAAUGCCUUUGUACAUGUCCAUAUAUAUGAGAAAUCAUAUUAAAUUGUAUACUUUGACCUUUAACGUACAGCUCCUUUAACAUUUUUAGGAAACAUUGUGGCACAUGAGUUUCACACCACUGGAAACAAAAGGGCUAUGAAAACUGACUUGAAAUCUUAAGUGGAUAUACAUUUAUGUUGAAUGUCAGAUCAUGCCAAGACAUGAAUACCUCUUUAGAUGUGCUGAUAAUUUUUUUUUUUUUUUUUGUAAAAUGAACCUGUUUACAUGCAGAAUGUACAGGUGUGAACAAAGGUACAUUUAUUUGUCUAAAGAAAUGCUUUGAAUGUGUG